ACUGUUCUGUGCCAUACUGUGCCAUGCUGUGGUACACAGUAUCCUGCCAUACCGUGUGGUCCCACUGCUGUGUCCCAAGACUGGGAGAAAAAAAUAAAAAACCACCCCCAAAGUGAUCCAGGCACAAACAUGGACCCGGAGAAAGCUGCAGCUGCAGAAGUUUGGAAAUGUGGGGGAAAAAAAAUAAAAUAAGUGAGAGUUGCUAAAAUGUGGCUCUAGGGGAAUGGUGGUGCUGCAGGGAGGUUUUGGGGUGGUAGGACCCCAUCCCUGGGGAUGUCCAAGGCCAGGCUGGACAGGGUUUGCUCCAGUGGAAGGUGUCCCUGCCCAUAACAGGGAGUGGAAAUAGAUGAUAACUUGAAGGUCCCUUCUGACCCAAACCUGUGAUUCUGUGAUCAGCAGGAAAUUCUCCCCUCUGAGGGUGAGGAGGCCCUGGCAAGGUUCCCACAGAAGGCAGGGGUGGAAUUAUGAUAACUUUAAAGUCCCCUCCAGCCCAGACCAUUCCAUGACAUCCCACGGCCGUGCCAGCCCAUGGAUGCCAGCAGUUGCACAAUGCUGAGCAAUGAUAAUGGUGUGUGUGUACCUGCCAAGGCAGAGCUCUCCUGAAGGGCCGUGGUCACUUCCCUGCUGAGUGCUGAGCAAGUAGAGGCAGGCUCAGCUGAUAAAAGCUGCAUUUACUGAGAUAAGGGAACAGCAGAGCUCCAGCACUGAGCUGCUGCUAUUGCCUGCAGAGUCCUGGCUGCUCCACCUCGGGAGGAACCCGAGGGCAGGAGGUGCUACAUGAGAGCACUGAGAGGUUUUAUGUGGGCGAUGGAGACAGGUUGUUUAAGGAUUAUCCCCAUCCAAAGGUGUCUCUUGUUACCAGGAAGAAUCCCAAGGGAAGCUGGAGCUUCAGAAAGAUGCUAGCCAUAAAUGCAAGGUCUAUAAAACCCCAAAAUCUCCUCUACAAGCUCCCAGCAGCAUCUCCAGUGCGAGCAGCACAGCACUGUAUCAGUGACAUGGGGCUUCCACAAAACAGGUGAUGGGUUGUCCCAAACAAAACUCAACAUGGUCUUCCCAGUGUUUGACAUCCGAGCCUGCAAACCUGGUGAUUAUGGCCAGGAUCAUGGAAGCCCAGAAUGGCUGGGGUUGGAAGGGACCUUAAAGACAUCCCAACCCAAUGCCCUGCCAUGAGCACAGAGGGUCUCUGUGGUGCCACAGCCCUGGUGCACCGUGGGGGAGAGGGCUUGGGGCUGGGCAUGGAGCUCUGAGUGCCACAGAAUCACAGCUCCGAGCUGUGACCUCCAGGGCAGAGCUGCUCCUUCCUGCAGGCACCGAACAAAUUCAGCAAUAACCACCAGAAGACAUGGGGGUGAUGCCUUUGUCCCCUGCUGCAGCUCAGGGGACCGUGACCAGCCUCAGUAACGAGCCCUGGAGCAGACAGUUCGUUCUCUCUCUGCCCCCAAGACCCAAGCUGUUAUUUUCCAAACAAAGGGUGGAAAAAACACAGACGAUUUUUCAUCUGUCCCAUCUCUGACCCUUUGUCCAAGGCAACAGAAAUAAUUAGAGCUUGCUGCAGCCUUUUGCUAAUGAAAAAUGAGGUUUGGGGCCAACCUGUUCUGCAUUUGAAGUUCAGGCUCCAAGAGUACGUGGACAGCUUCAUGCCCAUGGAUUGUCUGACUCCUGCAUGCUCCUUCAGAUAUUCGGCACAUUCCUGCAGUGGGUGGUGAGCCACAAAUCAGGGUCAGAGGUAAUCCCCAAUUAUUUAGCCCUUUUACUGUUCUCGUGCUUGCCAAACAAUUCUCCAUAUCAGGAUUUGCUCAUGACCUUAAGGGACGUUGCCAAGGAUUUAGGAGUCCCCCUAAAAGGAGGAUCCAAAUGAAGUUAUUGCAUUCUUGGGCAUCAAGUGAGAUUGCUCGAGAGUUGAGUUACACUUUCCUGGGGAUCAGUUUUCAUAAGCAGGGGCUGAUGCAAUCAUCAAUUCGCCUUCUCGCUUGUGUUUGCUGAAUUAUUUCUACAUGGAGGGCUCCUUUACACCACACGAUUCAGGCAGUAACAAAAUGUUUUAAAAGGCUGAAUUCCCUCAAGCCAUGCGUGGAGCAGCAGCUCUCCUGAGCGCUCCUCCAGCAGGGCUGGGCGUCACAGGACCGACAGCUCGUGUCCAGGGGGAUUUGCAGCUAUUUACAGAGGCACGGGAAGCAAUCCCGGCUCGGGUUACUGGCACCGGAGGUGAAAGCUCCGCCGUGCCGAGGCUGGAGCGGGCGCGGUGCCGGCAGGGAUGCGCUCAGCCUCGGCAUCCUCGGCCCCGAGCCCCGGGCAGGAACACCCCGUGCUUUCCGCACAGAACAGCUCCUGUGGGAGCCAGGCUGGGCAGCGGGGCUCUCUCUGUGCUCGGCAAACGUGACAGCUCCGCUCCCGAGCCCCGCGGCUCCGCAGCUGCUGCUGCCGCCUCCGGGACGGGCGGGAGGCACGGGCUGGGCAGCGGGGCACGGACAGCGGGGGACAGCACCUCCAUCCCUGCAUCCCUGCAUCUUCCAUCCCUGCAUCCCUCCAUCCCUGCAUCUUCCAUCCCUGCAUCCCUCCAUCCCUGCAUCUUCCAUCCCUGCAUCCCUCCAUCCCUGCAUCUUCCAUCCCUCCAUCCCUGCAUCCCUCCAUCCCUGCAUCUUCCAUCCCUGCAUCCCUCCAUCCCUGCAUCUUCCAUCCCUCCAUCCCUGCAUCUUCCAUCCCUGCAUCCCUCCAUCCCUGCAUCUUCCAUCCCUCCAUCCCUGCAUCCCUCCAUCCCUGCAUCUUCCAUCCCUCCAUCCCUGCAUCCCUCCAUCCCUGCAUCUUCCAUCCCUCCAUCCCUGCAUCCCUGCAUCCCUCCAUCCCUGCAUCUUCCAUCCCUCCAUCCCUGCAUCCCUGCGGUCCUGCUGAGUGCUCAGUGUGGGAUGUGCCCGGCAGGAGCUGCCGGGAGCGCUGCUCGGCUCCUUUCCCACCGCAGUGUCCCGCACCCCUCAGCCAAGGCUGCUCCCAGGGGAUGCUGCGGGACCCCACAGCGCAGGGUGUGAGCAGCAGCUCGACACCCACCAGGGCUCUGCUGAGCCUUCUGGGAGUUGCACAAGCCCGAUUUGGGGUGAGGCCGGCUGGUUUCAGCCGUGUGUGAUCUCGAUAGCACAGCUGGCCGCGCUCGCUGCCGUGGAACCGGCAGGAACCGUCACGAGUCAGAAGUCGAGAUUUAAUAUUGCAAAUAUGUGCAUCCAUCGCUGCCUAAUUGCAUUGGUUGAGGCUGCCACGGGCUCUGGCUGGAUAAAGCCCUGGGAAAACACAGCGAGAGCUGUUGUCUCUGUGCCCUCCCUCCGGCACGACCCUGGAGCGCUGCCGGGCACGUGAGAGCUGCGGGAAUGACGCUGGCAUCGCUCAGCGAAACUCGCCCCAGGACUAUUCAAACCAAAGCCAUUCCCCUCUCCGAGCAGAGAUGUUUGCCAGCACCCAGUGAAGCAGUGGGAGGAACAUGUAGGUGGAAACUAUUUGGAAGUGGCAAAAUUUGUGGACAUUAAUAAGAGACUUUAGCCCACUUUGAUAGUGUGUUUAAUAAAACACGCCGGCUUCCCGGUGACAUCCUGCCCUGCCAAGCCCUGGCAGCUCACGCUGUUUAACCAGUUCCCCCCCGGCUCUUGCACCAUCUCGUGAGAAAGAACCCCGGGCGUGCACACCCGGCACACCCCGGGGCUGCACGGCCUCGGCUCUGUCUGCACCGCCCUAAUCACGGAAUCAGGGACUCAUGGAAUGGGCUGGCUUGGCUUGGAAGGGACCUGAAAGUUAUCCAGUUCCACCCCUGCCACCAGACCUGCUCCAAGCCCCGUCCAACCUGGCCUUGGGCACUUCAGGGAUGGGAGAGCCAUCCCAGAGGUGACAUCCUGGCUGCUGCAGGUGGGGCAGGGCACAGCCAGGGGUGACAGCAGCUUUAGGGAGGCAGGGAGGAUGAGGAAUCACUUCUCCCUCCUCUGGUGGAUGCUCUGCACAAUGGGAUCUGAUCACAUCCCUCCUCCUGCCUCACAUCAAACAGUGAGUCAGCGCUGGAGCCCCAUCAGAUGUCUCUGCCCAGCUUUCAUAUCUGGGAAGCAGAGAGGAUGGUGCUCUGUGAGUAUGCAAAGCAAGGAAAGCAGGGUGCCUUCAGAUCUGCCACUUGGAAAAUACCAGGUUAUUUAUUUUCCACUGGCACCCACGUACCCCAGCAGGAAUCAACAGCACUGAGGCUCCCAGUCUGGGGAGAUGUUGUUCUUUCGGGGGAUGCAGGUAACAACAGCUGCAGGGCUGAACUGCAUCAUGUCUGAGUCAAAUAUUAACCCAGAGAAUAUUCUGAACUUGCUAAUUGAGUCAAAAAAUAUCACACACCCACCCCUAAAAAUAA